AUGUCGAGCAUCGGUCUUCGAGUGAUCAUUGUUGGUGGCGGCUUUGGGGGGCUCUGCACCGCUAUCGAGACACGGCUCCGGGGCAUGCGUCCGGUCGUCCUGGAGACCUAUCCGACGUCAGCUGCUUAUGGAGAUAUCAUCGACUUUUUCCCCAAUGGAGGCAGAAUUAUCGAGAAAUGGGACAAUGGUCGAGUCGGCCGCGAGCUGAUGCAGAUCUGCAUCAAUCAGGGCGACCGGUUCCAAUACUACAAAGCAGACGGAACCCUAGUCUGGGAUGAACCGUGGCUUCUGAAGCCCGAACAUUAUUGGAGACAGUAUGCCGGGCAUCGUGGCCAGAUGCACGAGGUCGUCGUCAAUUACGCCAAACGGAUAGGGGUGGAACUCCGAUUCGGCGACGGGGUGGUCCAAUACAUCGACGGCGACAAACCUGGAGUCCUCACCAGGAAGGGCCUCAAGUAUUUUGGCGACGUCGUCAUUGCGGCCGAUGGGCCUCGGAGCAUCGCUCGGCAACAAGUCCUUGGCCUGCCGGACACCAAGGUCAACAGUGGCUACGCCAUCUACCGAGCAUACUACACUCUCGGCGAGGAACACCGGAACAAUCCCUAUCUGAGAGAGUUCUGCGAUCCGAAUCGCGACGUCACCAAGAUGUGGGUGGCCAAGGACCUACACAUGAUCAUCUACACCUGGAAUAAAGGCAGAGAUUUGGGCUGGGUGUUGACCCAUAAGGACGAUGCAGACAUUGGAGAAUCGUGGUCGUUCCCCGGGCGAAUUCAGGAUGUUCUGCGAUGCAUCAAGGAAGGGGGCUUCGAGCGGAAGCUGGAGGAGGUGGUCAAAGCAACGCCACCCAAACAACUCGUCGAUUACAAGUUGGUUUGGCGAGAUCCUUUGCAAACCUGGCUGAGCAAGUCGGCCAGAAUUGUGGUGAUCGGGGACGCCGCUCAUUGCCACCUGCCGACCUCCGCCCAAGGUGGCUCGCAGGCGCUGGAAGACGGCGUGGCCCUGGCCAUCUGCCUUCAUCGUGCCAAGGGCGACGUGCCAUUGGCGCUGAAGGUCUUUGAGCGCAUCCGGUUCAACAGGUCCCACGUCAUCCAUAUGAGCAGUAUUACGAUGAGGGACGGGUACCACAACGUCGACUGGGAGGGGGAGUUUAUCAGGGAGCACCCCGAAGUGGUGAACCUGCCGCGAUGGACGUGGGUGAUUGAGCAUGACGCGGAAGAGAACGCCGAGCAACAUUUCGAGCACCUGGCCCGGGAUGUGAGGAACAAUCGUCAAGGCACGAUUGAGGAGCUGGCCCUUCCUGCGGGAGGCAAUUUCGACAUUACAAGCCGGGUAGCAGACAAACCCAAGCCGUUGCAGGCCAGGUUGUGA